AUGGGUGCCCAGGGCUCGAAUCUGGACAACGUCUUAGCUGAGGACAUGCAUCACUGGUACAACAAGUUCAUGAAGGAGUCGCCCUCAGGAUUGAUCACACUCUUUGAGCUCAAGGCCAUGUUGGGGCUGCAGGGCAUUUCUGAGGAAGCCAGCAGCUAUGUGGACCAGGUCUUCUUCACCUUCGACAUGGACGGAGAUGGCUAUAUAGACUUCGUGGAAUACAUUGCAGCUGUCAGCUUACUUCUAAAAGGAGAGGUCAACCAAAAGCUCAAGUGGUAUUUCAAGCUGUUUGACCAAGAUGGAAAUGGAAAAAUCGACAAAGAUGAAUUGGAAACAAUCUUUAAGGCAAUACAGGACAUAACUCGAAGUUACGAAGUUCCCCCAGAUGAAAUCGUUACCCUUAUAUACGAAAAGAUUGACCUGAAAGGAGAAGGUGAGUUAACACUGGAGGAGUUCAUCAGUGGAGUUAGGGAGCACCCUGACAUCAUGGAGAUGCUCACAAAGAUGAUGGACCUGACCCGUGUUCUGGAGAUAAUCGUGGAGGGACGGCGGAAUGGUGUGUGA